UCGUGACUGACUCAUCAAUGACACGCUUGUGACCCAAGUUGCCAAGGUGCUCGCCAAAGCAAACGUCAGUCGCAAAAGUGAGAAGACACAAAAUCGAAAAUCUUGUUUCUUCAUCUCUUGUCGGCCAUCGGCAACCCAUCCUCCAUCUUUCUUGCCCAUCAACCAUCCAUCGGUCGGCUGUCAAGUUACACACCCCCUUCAUUCUAUCUCUUCAUUAUCCAUCCAUCCAUCUGAUCAUGACGAAAUCACUGUUGUUGCUUCUGCUUCUGGCGGCAUCUACCGCAUCGGCCUUUGUGGUCUCUCCCGUCACCCAGCACCGUCGCGGCAUGGCAUCUCGGUUGCAAAUGGUAGAUCCCAGCCAUCUGGCAUCUACGGGAAUCAUGCUGGCGGAAACCGAAGAAUGGGUACAACCUGCGGUCACCUUUCUAGAUCCCUUUUUGAAUUUCAUGUCCUUUGCCAUGCUCUGCCGUGUGGUGCUAUCCUGGUAUCCGGAAAUGAAAGUGAAUGAAUUCCCAUGGCUUGUCAUCACAUUGCCCACACAAGGAUUGUUGAGGGCCGUGCGAGAUUUGGUACCACCAGCGUUUGGAGUCGACAUUACACCCAUCUUCUGGUUGGCAAUCUUUACCUUUAUCCAUGAAAUUCUACUGGGACAACAGGGAUUGUUGACACUCAAACUCAAAUAUGGAAUCUAAAGAAAAGGAGAGGAAUCAGGAAUACAAUGGUCAGAUCAUUGAAUGGAAGCUUUGUUUGGGGGGAACAUGAGCAAGAAUGUCAUUGGAUCAACCAACAAUCUGCCAUGAGAUGGCCAAGCUAGCUAGCUAUAGCUUUCCUACAAGUAGUAAGAAGUUGCCAUGUAGCGUGUAAGAAAUCUCGAGCCAACAAGCUUUUCAAAGAUUGAACAGGAACAUUCAAUCCCUCAUGCAUGCAAACAAACAAAGCUUCCUGCUGGUUUUGAACAGGGGCUACACAAAGCAUUCGUGUGGACAUCUAGCCCAGAAUGGACAUCUCGGUCUAUCU